AUGGCUUACUCUUCUUCUUCUUCUUCCUCUUCUCUCUUCAUUAAUUUUACGGUUCUGUUUCUCGUUCUGUUUGCCUCUAAACUUCUUGGCGCCGCUGCCUACCCUACCGCCAAGCACUACCCUAUCCGCCACCGCCGCCACCCCCACAUUGCCUCUCAUAACUACAGAGAUGCACUCACCAAAUCUAUUAUGUUCUUUGAGGGACAGAGAUCGGGGAGACUUCCUCCUAAUCAAAGGAUUUCUUGGAGGAGAAACUCUGGCCUUUCAGAUGGCUCAGCUGCUCAUGUUGAUUUGGUGGGUGGGUAUUAUGAUGCAGGGGACAAUGUGAAGUUUGGGUUUCCAAUGGCAUUUACCACCACUAUGCUUUCUUGGAGUGUUAUUGAAUUUGGUGGGCUUAUGAAAGGAGAGUUGCAGAAUGCAAAGGAAGCCAUCCGCUGGGCUACUGAUUAUCUUCUCAAAGCCACUGCUCACCCUGACACCAUUUAUGUCCAGGUGGGGGAUGCAGGGAAGGACCAUGCUUGUUGGGAGAGACCUGAGGACAUGGACACUCCAAGAAGUGUUUUUAAGAUUGACAAAAAUACCCCAGGCACUGAGGUUGCAGCUGAAACAGCUGCAGCUCUUGCAGCAGCCUCUUUAGUCUUUAGAAGAAGUGACCCCACUUAUUCCAAGCUCCUUGUCAGAAGGGCCAUCAGGGUGUUUCAGUUUGCUGAUAAGUACAGAGGCCCAUACAGCAAUGGACUGAAACCAUAUGUCUGCCCUUAUUAUUGUGAUUUUUCUGGAUAUCAGGAUGAGCUGUUGUGGGGUGCCGCUUGGUUGCAUAAGGCCACCAAGAGCCGAAUGUACCUUAACUACAUUCAAGCAAAUGGACAGACCCUUGGUGCUGAUGAAUCUGACAAUACAUUUGGUUGGGACAACAAGCAUGUUGGGGCUAGAAUCCUUCUUUCAAAGGCAUUUCUUGUCCAAAAGGUUCAAUCCCUCCAUGAUUACAAAAGUCACGCAGAUAAUUACAUUUGUUCUCUAAUCCCAGGGACCCCUUACUCUUCAGCACAGUACACCCCAGGUGGGCUUUUGUUUAAGAUGAAUGACAGUAAUAUGCAGUAUGUAACAUCCACAUCUUUCCUGCUGGUCACUUAUGCCAAGUACUUGACCUCUUCACACAUGGUGGUUAAUUGUGGUGGAGCCACUGUCACGCCAAAGAAGCUUAGAACACUUGCCAAAAGACAGGUGGACUAUUUGCUUGGAGAUAAUCCCAUUAAAAUGUCGUUCAUGGUGGGCUAUGGUGCAAGGUAUCCACUGAGGAUCCACCACAGGGGAUCAUCUCUCCCUUCCAUAGCUACACAUCCAGCAAAAAUCCAGUGCUCCGCAGGGUUCAGUUUAACGAGUUCCCAGUCUCCCAAUCCCAACAUCCUGAUGGGGGCCAUAGUCGGUGGGCCCGAUCAGCACGAUCGCUUCCCAGAUCAACGAUCUGAUUACGAGCAAUCGGAACCAGCCACUUACAUUAAUGCACCACUUGUUGGAUCCUUGGCAUAUCUUGCUCACUCGUUUGGCCAACUCUAA